GAAGGGAGUAUCCGAUUUGAUCCAAACUUGGUACAUCCUAAUAUUAUGGUCAAACUUAAAUCAAGUUAGGAUAUAGGCAAUAGUGGUCCACUCUUUCUGGUACCCCCUACAAAAGGUCGACAUUAAAAAAAAUAUUUUACUGCACAGAAAGAGAAAGAACAAUCCGAUGUUGCACCAACUUUGCAUAUCCUAAUAUUUUGAUCAGUGCUAGGUAAGAUGCGAAAAUGGGCAAUAUCGGUCCACUAUCAAAUAAUUAUAACUCUUAUAACAUUUGAUGUAAGAGUCCGAUUGUCUUCAAAUUAAACACAUCAAAAUAUUUUUAUUAAUCAAAGGUCUGGUGUAAAGAUGGAAUAUACCUGUUCACUCCUUUUGAUACCACCCCCACAAAGGGUCAACAUUUUGAAUAUUCCUGAAGUUCAUAAAACUCGAAAACAACGUCCGAUUCCAUACAGACUUGGUACAUCUCAAUAUUUCCAUCAACACAAGAUCUGUUAUAAAGAUGUUAGAGAUCGAACCAUUUUUUCUGGUACCUUCCCCAUCAAGGGUCAAAAUUUUGAACAACAAAACGAUCAUAAAAUCCGAAGUAAGCAUCCGGUUCUCUUCAAAUUACACACAUCACAAUUUUUUCAUUAACCCAAGGUCUGGUGUGAAAAUGGGAUAUAUCGGUCCACUCCUUCUGGCAUUUCCCCCACAAAGCGUCAACAUUUUGAGUAUCCGUGAAGCUCAUAAAACGCGAAAUUAACAACAGAUUCCAUUCAGAAUUGGUACAUCUAAAUAUUUCCAUUAACACAACAUCCUUUUUGAAGAUGGUAGAGAUCGGACCAUUUCUUUGCUACCUGUCCCACAUAGGGUUCAAGGUUUUGAAAAACAAAACGCUCAAAGAAAAAGAAAUAAGCAUCCAACUCCCCUUAAAUUUCACACAUACAAACAUUUUUGCUAAUAUAAUAUCUGUAGUGCAGGGUCACACUCGCUGAUCUGAGUCGAUCUAGCUAUGGUGGUCCGUUUGUCUGUCCAUGUUAAUUUGUACAGAUCGCAAUUAUAGCCCGAUCUUCCCGAAAUGGAGGUGGGGCUAGGGCCAGAAUAGAAGCCUAUUGCUUUUGGAGAUGAUCCUAUGAUGUUCAGGGGUUCAAUUGAACCAAAAACAGGAAAAUUUUCCUGAUUACACAAUUGAAGACAAUCGACACGCCUGAGAAUAGAUUUAAGGACAAGUAAGAAUUUUAGCAUUUUGGAUGACGAUUGGAUUAUAUUUGGCUGAAAAAUGGACCACAGCAACUAACAGCACGACGGAGUGCGUAAAUAUUUAUAUUAUAUUUAUAUAGGUCCGAUAUGAAAUGGACAAUAUUGGCUCAUUCGUUCGGAACUUACUCCAUAGAAAGUCAACAAUUUAAAUAAUCAUAACUCAAGGCUGGGGGGUAUACAUCAGUCGGAAAAACCGAUUUUACUUGUUUUCUUGGAAGAUGUUAACAUUUCGAAGGAGGAGUUGACCGAACCAUUUUCGAUCUCGAUCUAAAUUUGACAAUAAUAUUACGUUGUACCAAGUUUAGACCAAAUCGGAUGCUCCCUGCUAGAGCUAUCGUGCGCACCAGCCAGACAGACAGACGGACGGAUAUCGCUAAAUCGACUCCAAAUGUCCAGAAACGGAUUUGGUCCAAAGAUGACCUGGGUUCAAAACCAUUAAUUGGUGAGGCACCUUUUUGCUGUAUCAAAUGAUUUAUACCCCUUCUAGCCAUAUGACUGAGGGUAUAAAAACUCCACUCCUUCCGAUGUUUCCCCCUAAUCAUUUCCAUAUAAAAUUCACUGCAAUCUGCAACACGUGAAAUGAUUUGAAAUAAAAAUAAUUAAUAAUUCUAAAAUAAUGCAAAUAAUCAAUCGUCUUUGAAUUGUAUGAAUUUAAUAAUUCAAUAUUCUAAUAUUAUUCCACACUCCGCGCAAAUGAAUUGAAAUUAAGUCUUAGUUCGAAUCUGAAAAAUGAAAGCUCAAUCGAUUGUAAUCAGUCUGGCGUUGCUGUUGGAAACUGUGAACGGCAAUUUGUCUUUGAAUACCUGUGAUCGAAUUCUACAACAUGGCUAUCCCUGUGAAAAUUACACAGUGACCACCCAAGAUGGUUAUCUCCCGACACUGUUUCGCACACCAGGUAACCCUCGUGGGAGGGAGAAACAAAAUGAAGUAAAGAGUCCCCCGGUGUUGCUGAUGCAUUGUCUGCUCUGUUCAUCGGACGUUUUCGUUUUGAAUGGACCCAAUGAUGGUCUGCCCUUUAUGCUAGCCGCUGGUGGUUAUGAUGUUUGGUUUGGAAAUGCCCGAGGCAAUACUUACUCCCAGAGGCACAUCUAUCUGUCCCCCACCUCGGAGAAAUUUUGGGCAUUUUCCCUCGAUGAGAUCGCCUUAAUUGAUUUGCCCACCACCAUUGAAUAUAUUUUGGCAGCGACAAAUGAACAAAAAUUACAUUAUAUCGGCUACUCCCAAGGCUCUACGAUAUUUAUGAUGCUACAGUGCGCAAAACCUGAAUAUGGUCAGAAAAUUAUGACCUCACACUUAAUGGCGCCUACGGUGUUUAUGCGGCAUGUGCGUUCACCUAUUUUCCUGUAUUUGGUGCCAUUACUUGGUCCACCCAGUGAUGCAGCGAAUUUUCUUGGUACCUUUCCAAUGCAAAAUGUGAUGGGAAUGAUAAGAAUAUUGGGUUGGCGCCUGUGCAACAGUCCUCCAAUGGAUGUAAUUUGUUUACGUCUAAUGCAGCUCAUUGGUGGCUGAGAUUCGCCAUAUCGAAACAGGACCCACCUGCCGGAUUUUCUGCUCACCACUCCCGCGGAUGGUUCAAAUCUGCAAAUCUAUCAGUACUUACAAUUUUCGCUGACCGGUGAGUUCAAGGCCUAUGAUUAUGGCCUGCAGAAAAAUAUUCUCAAAUAUGAGGAGUCGAAACCACCAGUUUAUAAUUUGGAAAAUAUUCAAACAGAUCUACCCAUUGAAUUUUAUUUUGCCGACAAUGAUUACUUGGCAACCACAAAAGAUUUGCAGGAUUUACAUGACCUCAUUGGCGAGAAAGGCAACUGGAACCGUGUUAAGCUGAAAAAGUUUAAUCAUUUCGAUUUUCUAGCGGUAAAUGUUAAAUAUUGUUUAAACAAUUGCAUUUUAAAGAAAAUAGAGAUGAGUGAAGGUAAAAUAUUCAAUA